AUUUCCCCACCCACCCCUCUCUAAUAAAAGGUACCCAUCCCAAACUUAAAGCUGCUGGAGCUUUUCCCUCUUCUUUACUCUUCACAACCAAACCAAAACCUAUUGGGUUUUGGUUUGGUUGUGACUCACUCAUGCAAAUUUCCUUUGUCUGCUGCGACUUUCUUUUCUUCUUUUUAUAUCCUUUUGCCUCCAAAUCCUUUUCUCAUCAAAAUAUAAUCCUUUUAUUAUAUUGCAUUGUUUUUAAUAGUUUAUUUUCCACAAAAUUUUUCUUUAUUUUGCCGAUAUAUUUUUCUUUUUGAAUAAUAUUUUUCCUCCUACACUUCUCUUUUUCAU